CUUGUUUAAUUGUUUUCUGUCGCCGUCGCUUUUGGCUCCUUUUGCUCAGCAUGGUUUCAGUUUUCGAGUUGUCUUUCUUGCUUAACACGCCAUAAAUGGACCAUCUCGACGAUUCUGCUGCCGAGGACGUAAUACUGCUUUUGUUCUGUUUUUCUUUUUUGGUGGAAGUGUGUGUGUGUGGAAUGUGGUAAUGUCAGGGUGCUCAUUGUGAUAAUGCUCCGACUCACUUGUGAGGUAAAACAUAGCUUAGCAGACCCUUUCUUUCCGUAUUUCACCUCUGGACCCGAAAAUGUGAAUCCUUCUCUGGGGAAGUCUAAACCAAGUCCAGCUCGACAAGAAGAGAAGGGAAAAACUGAGCCGGAACAGAAGUCCACUUCACGUAGGAGAAAAUCCGGAUAUUAUUCUCCUGGUCUCAGGCGAUCACAACGUAAAACUCCAGUUCCGGUUACCUCAAAUGGAGACAUUGAAACAUAUGUUGAAGACGUAAUUGUUAGUGAGAAUGAGAAUGAUAGAACCGAUACUCAAUUGGAGCGCUUAGAGCCGUGCGCAAACCAGAGUGAACCCAGCUUGAAAGAAAAAGUUGACUACAUAUUAGAGCGAUUAGAAACUCUUGAAAAGAUCAUAGAAUCUGUGCAAGCCAAGUUGGAUGAAAAUAACGACUCAGGCAAAACCCCACCUCCAGCAUCCGCUGUGCACGGGACCUACACAGGCUCCCAGAAUAAGCUUGAAGCAUUAAGAGAAGAAAAUUGGCAACUUACUUUAAAACUAGAAAGUGCUCGGGCCAAAGUUGAAGUGUUGGAGAAGCAGAGCGACGUGUUGGUUGAACUAUUGGAUAAAUGGAAGGAUGUUGUCGCGAUCUCCAAUCUGUCCAAGAGUACCGACGCUGCUGUUCAUUCAUCGGUACAAGCAAUCCAAAAUGCUUGUGCGGCUUACAGUGGUAAAAGAAAGAGACAGACCCGAAAAAGCUGAAAUCUCCGAUAUUCAACCUCUUCCGGCAUGCUAUUGUAAUAUAGUAAUGUUGUGAACGACUGAUGUUUGUAUUUUGGUAGACUGGAACUCGUGUUGCUUACUGUGGAUAUCAUUUGAACACGUUGGUAGUUUGGUAGCAAUGAUAGUGUUUUGGCGAUAUAUACCAAGUAUAACGUCUGUCAUUUUGCCAGUGUUUGGUGUGAUAUGAGCUGAAUUUCUGGCGCUUUCCCUGGAAUUUGAGAGUGACCAGAGAGCGUUUUAA